UCAAAGAGGAGAAGUGCUAACUGUGGGCGCCUGGCCGGUGCGCACGGCGAGUGGUUCGGGACCAGGACCCCAGGGAGAAGCGUUCUUUGCAGUGACUUGCAAGAUGGACUUGCCCCUAACAGCGAGGGAAAUCCGGAAGCGGUUUAUAGAUUUCUUCCAGAGAAAUGAACACACUUAUGUUCAUUCAUCUGCAACCAUCCCAUUGGAUGAUCCCACUCUGCUCUUUGCCAAUGCAGGCAUGAACCAGUUCAAACCCAUCUUUCUGAACACAAUUGAUCCAACUCACCCUAUGGCAAAGCUGAGCAGAGCUGCUAAUACCCAGAAAUGCAUCCGGGCUGGAGGCAAACACAAUGAUCUAGAUGAUGUGGGCAAGGAUGUCUACCAUCACACCUUCUUCGAGAUGUUGGGCUCCUGGUCUUUUGGAGAUUACUUCAAGGAACUGGCAUGUAAGAUGGCCCUGGAACUUCUCACCCAGGAGUUUGGCAUUCCAGUUGAAAGACUCUAUGUUACUUACUUUGGUGGGGAUGAAGCAGCUGGCUUAGAACCAGAUUUGGAAUGUAAACAGAUCUGGCAAAAUUUGGGGUUGGAUGACACGAAAAUCCUACCUGGCAACAUGAAGGAUAACUUCUGGGAGAUGGGGGACACGGGCCCGUGUGGCCCCUGCAGCGAGAUCCACUAUGACCGCAUUGGCGGUCGGGACGCCGCGCACCUUGUCAACCAGGAUGACCCAAACGUACUAGAGAUCUGGAAUCUUGUGUUUAUCCAGUAUAACAGGGAAAUGGAUGGUGUUCUAAAACCUCUUCCCAAGAAAAGUAUCGACACAGGGAUGGGCCUGGAGCGACUAGUGUCUGUGUUACAGAACAAGAUGUCCAACUAUGACACUGACCUUUUUGUUCCUUACUUCGAAGCGAUUCAGAAGGGCACAGGUGCCCGGCCAUACACUGGGAAAGUCGGUGCUGAGGACGUUGAUGGGAUUGACAUGGCCUAUAGGGUGCUGGCUGACCAUGCUCGGACCAUCACUGUGGCACUGGCUGAUGGUGGCCGGCCUGACAACACAGGGCGGGGGUACGUGUUACGACGGAUUCUCCGCCGGGCUGUGCGCUACUCCCAUGAGAAACUCAAUGCCAGCAGGGGUUUCUUUGCUACGUUGGUUGAUGUUGUUGUCCAAUCCCUGGGAGAUGCAUUUCCUGAGCUAAAGAAGGACCCAGAUAUGGUGAAAGACAUCAUUAAUGAAGAAGAAGUGCAGUUUCUGAAGACUCUAAGCAGGGGGCGUCGCAUCCUGGACCGAAAAAUCCAGAGCCUGGGAGAUUGCAAGACCAUUCCAGGAGACACUGCUUGGCUCCUGUAUGACACCUAUGGGUUCCCAGUGGAUCUCACAGGACUGAUUGCUGAAGAGAAGGGCCUGGUGGUAGACAUGGAUGGCUUUGAAGAGGAGAGGAAACUGGCUCAGCUAAAGUCCCAGGGCAAAGGAGCAGGUGGGGAAGACCUCAUUAUGCUGGACAUUUAUGCUAUUGAAGAGCUCCGGGCAAAGGGUUUGGAAGCCACAGAUGAUUCACCGAAGUAUAAUUACCAUUCAGACUCCAGUGGCAGCUAUGCAUUUGAGAGCACAGUGGCUACAGUGCUGGCUCUGUGCAGGGAGAAGAUGUUUGUGGAAGAGGUGUCCACCGGCCAGGAGUGUGGAGUGGUACUGGACAAGACUUGUUUCUAUGCUGAGCAGGGAGGGCAGAUCUACGACGAAGGCUACCUCGUGAAGGUCGAUGACAGCAGUGACGAUAAAACUGAAUUUACAGUGAAGAAUGCGCAGGUGCGAGGAGGGUAUGUGCUGCACAUAGGAACAAUCUAUGGCAGCCUGAAGGUGGGGGAUCAAGUCCGGCUGUUCCUUGAUGAGCCCCGGCGGAGACCUGUGAUGAGCAACCACACAGCUACCCACAUUCUGAACUUCGCCCUGCGCUCGGUGCUUGGUGAGGCUGAUCAGAAAGGCUCACUGGUUGCUCCUGACCGCCUCCGCUUUGACUUCACUGCCAAGGGAGCUAUGUCUACUCAACAGAUCAAGAAGGCCGAAGAGAUUGCUAACGAGAUGAUUGAGGCAGCCAAGCCCGUCUAUACCCAGGAUUGUCCCCUGGCAGCAGCAAAAGCCAUCCAGGGCCUGCGGGCGGUGUUUGAUGAGACUUAUCCUGACCCUGUGCGAGUCGUCUCCAUUGGGGUCCCGGUGUCCGACCUGUUGGAUGACCCCUCUGGGCCUGCUGGCUCUCUCACUUCAGUUGAAUUCUGUGGGGGAACGCAUCUGCAGAACUCAAGUCAUGCAGGAGCCUUUGUGAUUGUGACUGAAGAAGCUAUUGCCAAGGGUAUUCGGAGGAUUGUUGCUGUUACAGGUGCUGAAGCCCAGAAGGCCCUCAGGAAGGCGGACAGCUUGAAGAAAUCUCUGUGUGUCAUGGAGGCCAAAGUGAAGGCCCAGACCGCCCCAAAUAAGGAUGUUCAGAGGGAGAUCGCUGAUCUUGGUGAGGCCCUGGCCACCGCUGUCAUCCCCCAGUGGCAGAAGGACGAACUGAGGGAGACUCUGAAAUCUCUGAAGAAGGUCAUGGAUGACCUUGACCGGGCCAGCAAAGCUGAUGUCCAGAAGCGAGUGUUGGAGAAGACAAAGCAGCUCAUUGACAGUAACCCCAACCAGCCCCUGGUCAUUCUGGAGAUGGAGAGCGGCGCCUCAGCCAAGGCUCUGAAUGAAGCCUUGAAGCUGUUCAAGACACACUCCCCUCAGACAUCGGCCAUGCUCUUCACCGUGGACAAUGAGGCUGGCAAGAUAACAUGCCUGUGUCAAGUUCCCCAGAACGCAGCCAACCGGGGCCUGAAAGCCAGUGAGUGGGUGCAACAAGUGUCAGGCCUGAUGGAUGGCAAAGGUGGUGGCAAGGAUGUGUCUGCCCAGGCCACGGGCAAAAAUGUGGGCUGCCUGCAGGAGGCCCUGCAGCUGGCCACCUCCUUUGCUCAGCUCCGCCUAGGAGAUGUCAAGAACUGAGCCAGAGGGACAGCCCUCACUGGAAGUGUCUGUCAGCCAGAUGCAUCAGUCUAGCCAGAAGCUUUCCAUCUGCCACAAGGACAGUUGACUUUUGGGACCUCUAAGUAGCCCCGUCCGUCCUAACCUAGAAGUAACUGGAACACACCUGGAUCCACUCUAUGACUCAUUGUCCCUUUGUAUUUACUGCUCUGAGCUUUUCACAUCAGCACCAUCAGUCUACAACCACUACCCGAGAAUCGCUAUUUAAUUAUCCUCAUGCUCUCCUGCAGCAAGUUUUCUCCUCACCUUCAGGAUUCUGGGUCUGCAAUAGGAAACCUUUUUAAUUGCAGAGAAUAAAAGGACCAUGUGCAAUACCUU